AUGGAGAAGAGCUGCGGACUGAACUACCACAAGCGCUGUGCCUUCAGCAUCCCCAACAACUGCAGUGGUGCCCGCAAGAGGCGCCUGUCGUCCACGUCUCUGGCCAGUGGCCAUUCUGUGCGCCUCAGCACCUCCGAGUCCCUGCCCUGCAUGGCUGAUGAGCUGAGCCGUAGUACCACCGAGCUCCUGCCUCGCCGGCCCCCGUCAUCCUCCUCCUCAUCUUCGGCCUCCUCCUACACGGGCCGCCCGAUCGAGCUGGACAAGAUGCUGCUCUCCAAGGUGAAGGUCCCGCACACGUUCCUCAUCCACAGCUACACGCGGCCCACCGUCUGCCAGGCUUGCAAGAAACUCCUCAAGGGUCUCUUUCGCCAGGGCCUGCAGUGCAAAGACUGCAAGUUUAACUGUCACAAGCGCUGUGCCACCCGCGUCCCUAACGACUGUUUAGGGGAAGCACUCAUCAAUGGAGAUGUGCCGAUGGAAGAGGCCACCGAUUUCAGCGAGGCUGACAAGAGCUCCCUCACGGAUGAGUCCGACGACUCUGGGGUCAUCCCGGGCUCCCACGCGGAAAAUGCCCUCCACGCCAGUGAGGAGGAGGAAGGCGAGGGAGGCAAGGCCGAGAGCUCCUUGGGGUACAUCCCCCUAAUGAGGGUGGUGCAGUCGGUGCGACACACGACGCGGAAAUCUAGCACCACCCUGCGCGAGGGUUGGGUGGUUCAUUACAGCAACAAGGACACGCUG